AUGAGCAAUGACACGCGCGCGAAAAAUAUAUCAACCUCCCAUCUGGGCUUGGACGGCACGUCAGACAAUGGUCGUACAACUCCCUCUCUUGGGCCAGAUUGCAGUUCCGAAACCGCUAGCUAUGGCCGAGCUACCACGACUCCUGGUGGGAUGUCGGACAUUGAGCCUCGUCGCCCGGAAUCCUGGAGUGUUGUAGACGGGGACGACUUCGAAAAUGAGAAUACACCAAGGAAACGACGAAGAUUAUCGUCGAGUUUGAGAGAAACACAAGCUCAGCCAUGCCAGAAUAAGCAGACAGUCUUGACGAGGACAUGGCAUGAACAGCUGGAGGAGGCAGCAACGGGUCUUGGACCCAGUACGUCAAAAGAGGCGCAAACAAGGUCUGGGCAGUUGGGAGAGGAACUGUUUUUGAGUGAUACACACCGCGACAUCCAACCAGAUGAAGCAGCCUGCACGACCAAUGUCAGUGACGAGAAGCGCGAACGCGACAAUCUCACGCCUAAAGUGUUAUCUUCCACAAAUGCGCAUCCUACUCCUUCAGCUACCGAUUCACCUACGAUGGAUCCCUUGGCAGAGGUCGAUAAGGAGAAUUCCACACCCCAGAAUAAAACCAUGCGGAUCGGCAGCAAUGGCAAACUCACAACUCUGCCCCAAUCCUCGUCCCGACAUUCACCUAGAACGAAGAAGAAAGCCCAGAGCGACCAGGGUGAUGGAGGCAGGAAAGUCUCCCAGAGUUCAAGGAAGGUUGGGGUGAAAAAUGGGAAAUUUGUUCCUUCCUUGCGGAUUGCUUUGCCAUACAGAUCGACAAAUUGUGGCCAAAAGAUCGAGGAGAUUUUAUCACAACAGCCAAGCACUUCUGGCACAGUGGCCCAGGGCCCCCCGGUCCCUUCGGCCGAUAGUGUCGCGAAAGGAGUCAAGACAACUCAUCCUUUCUUCCUGGGCAAUCUAGCUCCGAAAGCUUCGAAGCAGUCGCAUGUCAAGACCGAGGCUUCUACUGGAAGACCAGCCAUGAAUAACGAUACCAACGAAAACGCUGCAGAAGCACCGAAACCAUGGGAUGAAAUUAAAUUCUCUACAAACCGGCCGUUGUUCCAGAGUAAGGUGUUGGAAGGUAUUAGCCCUGUCUGGCCUCCAGUUUCACUGCAACUGGUUGAGCCCAGCCAUGACAGACUCAUCUCACGAACAAUUCUACCGGACCUAGCCUCAGCGCGGAAACUGAAGCAUCAGGUAUCUGGUGUCAAUCCUGCUGAGGAUGUCCUCUGGAUAUUCGCUCGUGACUUGCAGCAUGACCCUCUGGGUUUGACCUCGCCGCACUUACCCACGCGGAAGGUCAUGAGUGGGAAAGCACUGAAUGCGGAAUUGGACGCUGAACUGGGCACAGGAAGCCGACAAUCACCCCAUAUCUCAUCGUUGAAGUCACGCAUUGAACUAGACCUUAGUCCUUUUGAUAAGGGGAUUGCAGCAGGUCCCCAAAUGUGGCCGCAGGAUUACGCACCCACAUGCUGGCAGGAUGUCUUACAACCUCAAGCCCAAAUCCUCCAUGAUUGGUUGGGCACCCUGAAAGUCCACCAAAUCCAAAGCGGCAAACUUGUGCCAAAGGCGAAGGCGCAGAUCAUGAAGAAACGACGCAAGAGGCGGUCAGACGAGCUGGACGACUUCAUCGUGAAUUCCGAUGAAGAAAACGAAGAACCGAGCGGGAAAAAUGCUAUUUUGAUAGCAGGACCACCCGGCUGUGGGAAAACUGCAGCUGUAUUUGCAGUCGCGCUGCAGCUGGGCUUUGAGAUAUUCGAAAUACAUGCAGGCAUGCGGCGAAGUGCACGGGAUAUCCAAGAGAAAGUCGGCGACAUGACCCAGAACCAUCUGGUGCAACAGGCAAGCUCAUUAAGUAACCUGAGCAGAGCAUCAAGCAUGUCUCUUGACGAGUCAACCGUUGUCCCGCCAUGUUCUGGACCGCUCCCAGCAAAUCAACCAACCAUGGGCAGUUUCAUUACUUUGGGCAAGGGACGAGCAAACACUAAACCCUCUGAAGAGCCCAGCGGCAAAGAGGUCAAAGUUAAAGCCCAGAAGCAGUCCCUCAUUCUCUUCGAGGAGGUCGAUAUCGUCUUUGACGAAGACAAGGGGUUCUGGGCAGGAGUACAAUCUCUUAUCCGCACCUCGAAAAGGCCGGUUAUCAUGACUUGCAACAAUAUAGCGUCCGUUCCGCUGGACGACCUGGAUCUGUUCACAAUCUUGCACUUUGACCGCCCGGACACGGAGCUAUCUGUCGAGCGUCUCGCUUUUGCCGCUGCGGCUGAAGGACAUCUUCUCAAGCCACAAGCGCUCCAAGAUCUUUACCUCAGCAAAGGCCGAGAUCUUCGAGCUUCUCUUACUGAACUCAACCUCUGGUGUCAAAUGACGGUAGGGUCUCAGCAAGGCGGGCUGGAUUGGAUGUUACCUUAUGAGCAUGGCCGUCAAUGUUCCCAGGAGACGAGUGUGACCCGCAUUGUCAGCCAAGACACGUUUAUCAGUGGUUUGGAUCUCUAUCCUACAGAAUUAUACGACCCUGAGGACGUGAUCAAGUACUCUGAAGAGAGCCUGGGUCUAUCUCCAUUGGAUUGGGUGAAGGACCAUCAGGUUGUCGAGCAAGAGGAAAGACACCUGCAAUCAUUGGACGAUAUGUUGGCUCUUUCCGAUGCUCGAAGCGUCAUGGACGUGGUUGACACCGACGUGGCAUGUUUGAUGGCUGGGAUUAUGAUGACGAACAAGACUUUUGUUUCGGGCCAUCCUUGCGGAAAUCCUCGUGAGGAGAUUGUUCGACUCUACCUGGAACAGAAAAACAGCAAGAGUUACAAUGGGUUAUUGGUGGACAGGUCGACCAUUGCCAAUGCUCUGGGCCCGCUGAUGGAAGAAAACAGAAUCGGUCUCCCUACAAGUCCUGGCCGAAAGGCGCCAUCACUCGAUAACAUGGCCUUGUCCCUUGUCACGGAAGUGGCGCCCUACGUUCGAAUCAUCGUCGAGCACGAUCUGCGACUGGAACAAAUGCGAAAUGAGCUGGAAGGCGUGGGAGGAGGUUCGCAGACCAGUGGUAGCGGCCCGUCGAGACGGCCCCGCAAGACAAGAGCUUCUCGAGCUGCGCUUGAGGGCGGGACCAAGGCUUCCACACGUCGCGAUAGAUGGUUUCCCGAGAGUCUCGACUUUGCUGAAGUUCUCGCCUCUGCGGGUGAUGGGUGGCCCAAGGUGUUAGUCGGACUCAGACCUGAAGAAGACGCUUCUCAGGCUGGCCAGGUUGAAGCCGAAAUAUCUUCAGCAGCGGCGACUCCAGCUUCAUCCAUGGCCAUGGAAGGAGAAUAG